AUGGAAGAUACAGAAGAAGCCCUUAAUAGGCAACUAGAAAACCUAGAAAGACUUAUGGUCUCUUUAGAUAUAAGUGGAAAAAAUCAGGAGAUCCCUGAUAACAAAUCUGAAGAUAACAAUCAGAUCAUUUAUGAUUUUAGCUCAGAAGAAGCUAGUGAAAACGAAAAUGAGAAUCCUCAUUUCGUAAAAAUAGAAGAACAUGGAGAAACUUCAGGUACCAAAAGACCUGCAGAUUUUGAAAAGGAAUUUACCAAACAAAAAUUCCAAAAAGUACCUCAUUACUAUGAGCCUUCACAAAACCCUUUUCAAGGACAAGGUGUUUUAGACAUAGAUUGUAGUUUAGACACUGCAAAGGAUCUUAGAGAUUGGUACAAUACAAAUAAUGUAUUAAUCCAUCUGAAUGAAGAUCUAAGAAAUUUAGGAUCAGUUGAUACUUUCAACUACCUACAAUAUAAAACUAGAGGAAAUGCAUUCAAAUACAUUUCAAAUCUACCACCACAAGUUAUGGGAACUAUGCCUUUAAUAGGAUCCUUAGUUACAGACUGGGUAUAUAGUUUACUAGUCAAAGAAUUCAAAGGAUGGAAGGAUACCGACCAAUCAAAAGCAGCAUUUUCCAAUCAAAAUCUUUGGAAAAUAACUAAUUUAAAAAUUUGCAAUAUGUGUUACAUUGAUAACUUUAUUUGUGAAUUUCAGAGUUAUUAUUAUAACAUAGACAAUGAAACAAGACUAUCAAGAGGAUUGUUAGAUCUCCUCUAUGAUAAGCUUCCAGGAGGAGUGUCAACUCAAGUCAAACUAUACUUUACCUCAAUAUCAUCAGAAGGAAAGGUAGAUGAUACUCUAGGAGGAAGAAUAACUGUUUUAAAACAGUGGCUCACAGAUAAAUGUAGCGAAAAGAUAGCUAAAAGAGAAGCUAAAGUAUCACUUUGCUGUGAUAAGUUACAAAACAAAGUAGGAAACUAUGGGUGUAACUCUAGAAAUCCUAAAAAGAAAUCUAGAAGAAAUAUAAGGUCUUAUAAGAAAAAGAAAUUCAGAAAAAUCCCUUUUAAGAAAUUUAGAAAAGGAGAUAAGAAAUUCUUUAGGAAAAAACCACCUUAUCCUAAAAGAAAAACAUGUCCACAAGAUAAGAAAUCAUGCACAUGUUGGUUAUGUCAUGAAGAAGGACACUAUGCCAAUGAGUGCCCUAAAAGGGAUAACCCUAAGAAAAAUGUCUUACAAGCCAUAUACGCAAUAGGAUAUGAACCUAUAGAAUCAGAUGUAGAAUCUGAUGAGGAAAUUUAUGAAUACUGCACAGAGACAGAUUCAGAGAUAGACUUAGAUGUCGAGGAAAGUACUUGGUAAAGGAAAUCCAAGUGCAACAUUUAUAAAAAUAGUGCUAGAAAAUAAAAACCUUUUAGCCUAUAUAGAUACAGGUGCAACCCUUUGUUUUGGAAGAAAAUCGAUCUCUAGGAACUGGGAUAGAUUAGAAAAGCCAAAAGAAAUAGUUGUUGCAGACAAGUCAAAACAUCAAAUAUGGUUUAGCCUUAAGGAUGUAUCUAUAGAAAUUGAAGGAUAUAAGUUUUUUAUCCCUACAAUUUAUUUACAUGAUUCAGGUCUUGAUCUAAUCAUUGGAAACAAUUUUCUAAAAUUAUAUGAACCCUUUAUUCAAAGGAGUAAUACAAUUUCUCUUCGAUGGAAAAAUCUUGGAAAUCCAGACGAAAAGAAAAUGAUUACUACAAAAAUAAUUACUAGAAAUGAAAUUUUAAAAAUGAUUUCUGGCAAUUUGAAAAAUCUUAGUUCUAUUUGGGAAGAGUAUAAAUUCUUUUCAACUUUAGAAGAAAGACUCGAUGAAGUUUGUUCUGAUGAUCCAUUAGAUAAUCAGAAAAACACUAAUCAUGAAUUAAUAGUAAUU